AUGAUCCUUGUUGGCGGGGGGGGGGGGGCAGUAGGGAGUGUGAUUGUAGCCGGAGGGUUGCUGGUUCAUGUCCCUGUACGGAAGGUGCACUGGUGGCAGGAGAGGAGCCGGUUUACCUCCUGGGCACUACCCGGGGAUCUGGAGCAAGGCACCGAACCCCCACCUGCUCCGGGCUCUGAGGACUCUGUGGUGGAGUCAGAGUGUCGGGACCGGUACCUCUGGAUCCACGUCCGCUCGGCCCAGACUCCUCGCUUCCAGGUCAAAGAUGGAAGUGGCGUCCACGCUCUCAUCGAGCCGCUGGCGUCCCGCUGCGGUUACACCAUCAGCACCUUCAGGAUGGACGGCUUCACCACCUUCAGGGCUUCGUACUACUCCUGCUUCACCCAGAACCAGAACGACGAGGUGUUCACCUUCAGCUUCAACGUGUUCGUGAGCGACGCUGGGGGAACGUGGACCAGCCGGCCGGUCUCUGCCGUCUGUUCUGGUCUGACCUGGACUCACAGAGAGGUCAUCUGCGAGGAGGACUACAUGGAGAGAGUCGUCGUGUGGAGGUCAGCGGGGGGGGACAGUGGAGAGAUGUGGCACGCGGCCUUUUCUCAGGCGCAGAGGACGGCGAGUUCUGUGUGGCAGCUGAUGUUCCUGCAGAGUGAUGGACGGGUGUCUUCCAUGUCCAUCAGUGAAGCCCAGCGGGGGGGCUACAGCCUGGUGGCGGGCGCCCAGAGGGUGGCGCUCCGCUCGCCGUACAAACAGCCGCAUGCCGAGCUGAGCACGGUGGAAGGCGUCCCUGUGGAGGUGCUCCGGGUUUCUCUGUUCUUUAAAAAGAAGCUGACGGUGAUGAUGAUCGACGUGUCCAUGGCCUGCACAGUCAAUUCGGGUUCUUUUGACGGCGCCCGGCUGCUGUGGGACGUCCCGCGGGUCAUGACCCCGCUGGUCGAUGAGGGAGCAGUGUUUGAAAGCCGGACCCUCGGCCUGGGGCUGGAGGGGGUUCUUCUGGACGAACGCACCGCCACAACCAAAGGAUUCAGCGUGGUCAAACGAGGCCCGUUGAUCCAGAUCGGAGUUCCUUUCGGGGCGGAGGGCGGCUACAGAAAGAGUUGGGUGGUGAACAACGUGUACAAGGAGACGUACGUGAUCUUCCUGCUCUACCAACACGUCUUCUCUCUGCUGUACGAAGACGGGAGCAGCAUCGACACCAGGCACCGCAUGCUCCGAGUCCUCGACACGCCGCUGCUCUGCCGUCCACCCUUCCACCUGGACAAGACCGUAAGCGAUGACCGCGUGUUCAGCGUCUACCUGGGGAACAUCCCGGCUGAUGUGACGAUGGAGGACGUCCAUAUCAACGGUAACCAGAUGGAGAUGACACAGAGCACCAAGGGGGGCUUCAGCAUCCGUCCCGUCCUUCACGCCAACGGCAGCCGGGCCUACGAACUUCGGCUGCCCUUCCAGAACCCGGCCGUCCGCUGGACGUACGUGGGUCAGGGUGUGGUGCAGUACUCCAUCGAUGUCAACUACACACUUACCAUCGUGCCUCAGAAAGACUCGUACUACCACCUCACGUCCAUCAAGGCACAAGCAUUAAACAUGUUUCCUCCAGAGAUCACGGCUCAGUGUUCGGACGGAGGAAUCACCUUCACCGUGGUCGUACCGCCACACGCAGAGAGUAUCUGGGAGGUGGGCGUCGGCCACGAGCCUCUGACCUCACAACUGGCCGCCCAAAGAGGGUACCGCCUUCACAGAGACUCCUUCAGGACCACGCUGGAAAUCCCGGUGUUCUCCGUCGGAUACACCUACGACGAUGUCACACUGUCAAACUUUUACGGGACAUUUCGGCUUCUUCUGAGAGACUCCAAAACGUUAGAGGUCCAGACAUCCACCUCCAAACGCUGCAUCUUCAAGACCGAGGACAUGAUAGUUUGCUCAGCAGACGGGACCAUGGCGGUGGUCACCACGCCCACCUCCACCUGGCCCUCAGUGCACCCGGACACCACCACGCUGCUGGACCCCAGCUGCAAGCCCAGAGAGACGGACGCAGCCAGAGUCCUGUUUGUCUUCAAGUUGGACUCCUGCGGGACUAGAGCUCUGGCCGCGGAGUCCUACAUGGUUUAUGAGAACGAGAUCGUCCACGACAGACAGCUGAUCUCAGACGGACCGAACCUGAUCUCCAGGGAGUCCCAGUUCAAGUUGACGGUGCGGUGCUUCUAUCCACUCGGCGGGGUCAACAGACUGUCUGUUAAUCGAUCCUUCAAAUCAGAGACACCGGGAUUUGGUUCAGUGAAAGUCUUCAAGAGCCUCAAAGGUUCCAGUCCAGCAGAUCCAGUCCCUGCCGAAGACUGUUCACGUCAGGUUUCUGGGAACAUCCCGAGUAACAAGGUCAACCAAGCAGGGGGGGUCCUGCCUCUCUCAGGCCACUGGCCUAGGCCCAAACCUGGACCCAGCCACUUCAUCACAGUACCAGGAGCACCCAACAAGCUGCUCUCAGUCUCCCAAAAGCUCACGAACUCUCAUCUUUCUCCUUCUCAAAUCAUCGGUACCCAGCAAGUCCCAGGUUGGGGAGAGUUGGACAGUGGUCUGGGAAGAUCUGAUCCCACUGGGACACCCCAGGGUGCAAAGGCAUCGGUUAGUGUCUGGCACUCUAGCCUAUCGGGGGACAAGCUUACUCAGGGCCCCGGCGGCAUCAUUAAGCCACAUGAAGACCAGCAGAGUCUGAAGCGUUCUCCUGGCGUGCCAGACAGGACGUGGCAAUACAAGAAACACUGGAUCCGAGUCUCUCAGCUGCAGGACAGGAAGUGCCUGAUCGCAGAACUACCCAACGUUGACACCAAGCACCCCGGCGCCGCCAACACACCGGCGUCUGAACCGGCAUCUGCUGCAACCGGCCAGGUUGACCCAAACCCGGAAGGAUCAGGAACCGUUGAACGGAGGGAGACGGAUCGGUCACGAGUGCAGACCAUCAGAGUCAAACCUCCGAGCAGUUUUUUCCCUUCUGGACUUCAGUUCAACCAACAGGAAGUGGGUCCUCUGUACCCCAACCAGCAGAAACGGGUCCAGUCUAUAUCUGAAAACCAGAAACGGGGAAGGACAGGAAUCUUCUCCAAGAAACGUCCCUCAGACAGGUAG